AUGUCCCAGCAAGACAAAGCCAGGCUGUGAGCACCAUGUAUGUGAGUUACCUUUUGGAUAAAGAGACCAGCAUGUAUCCAGGACCUGCAAGGUGCAGCAACAACAACCUGCCAGUGCAGAACUUUGUGCCCGCUCCCCCCUACUCAGACUACAUGGGGUACCACCACGUGCCAGCUCCAGACAGCCACGGACAGCCCGCGGGAGCCUGGGGACCCCACUACGGCCCCCAGAGGGAGGACUGGAACGCUUACGGCCCGUGCCCAGGGCCCUCCGGCACGGCUGCUGCCGUACAGCUCAGCGGCUCGUCUCCUGGGCAGGGCUCCUACAGUCCAGCUGAGUACAGCUCCCUCCAUCCCGCUGCACCCGGGGGGUUACCUCCUGCAGGUACCGUUGGCACACAGCAGGUCUCCCCCACCAGCCAAAGGCACAGCUCUUACGAAUGGAUGAGGAAAACGGUGCAAUCCACUUCUACAGGUAAAACAAGAACAAGAGAGAAGUACCGAGUGGUUUACACAGACCAUCAGAGAUUAGAAUUAGAGAAGGAAUUUCAUUACAACAGAUACAUUACAAUCAGGAGGAAGUCUGAACUUGCUGCAAACCUAAGACUUUCCGAGAGACAGGUGAAAAUCUGGUUCCAGAACCGCAGAGCCAAAGAAAGAAAAUUAAUGAAGAAGAAAAUGACUCAUUUUGAUGGCAGCAAUCUUGGCUCUAUGCAGAGUGACUCUGGCUCAGUGAGCCCAAUGCCAGCUCCUGAUCAACAGACUCACUCAGAAAUGCCCAGCUCUUUGUUUCCUCCUCCACCUCCUCCAGCUCCGCUUCCGAUGAACGGCCUGCAGCACACUGGGAACCUGCAGCAGGUGGUGGCCUCUCAGUAA